AUGGAUCCAUCGCAGCAGCAGAACCCGCCAGCAGGUGUCCCUCAGCAGCAGCCGCAGCCUCCUGCUGGCUAUGGCUACCCUCCUUACGGCCAAGCCCCUCCUGGUGUUCAAUGGCAAUAUCAUGCAGCUCCUCCCGGCCAGGUUCCCCCGCAAGGCCAGGCGCCCCUCCAAGGACAAUAUUUUCUUCAGGGAUAUUAUCCUCCGCCGGGACAGUAUCCACCAGCACCUGGGCAAGCGCCACCACCAGCAGGCCAACAUGUACAUUAUCCUCCUCCUCCUCCUCCUCCUCCUCCUCCUCCUCAACAACAACAACAACAGCCAUACGGCGCUCACCCAGGCCAAUACCCGCCCCCAGCGGGAUACCCAGGUUACCCUCCGCAGCCAGGAUACAGCUACGGCGCCCCUGUCCCAGGUCACCCCCAGGGCACUCAAGUCCCGGCAGCGCCCUCACCGGGCUAUGAUCCUGCCCAUGUCGCAACAGGUGACAUGACCGAUGAAGCUCGAAAGAUAAAAAAAGCCAUCAGCGGCUUCAACACAGAUGAAUCCAAGCUCAUCCAGAUCCUCUCGAAGCCGGAUCCUCUCCAAAUGGCGCUCCUGCGCCAAACAUACCGGCACGCUAUCGGCAAGAACCUCGAAGAGGCGCUGGCAGAGAAGCUGAAACGAGACUUUGGUGAUACCAUCCUCGCUCUCGUCCGCGGACCCCUGAGGAACGACGUCGUAUACCUCCGCAACGCCCUCCCACCACAAACCGCCCAGCCAAACCCAACCCCAUCCUCCACCCACGCCCUGCUGGACGACGUCCUCCUCCGCCGCUCCAACGCAGACAUACACGCCAUAACAGCCGCCUUCAAAGAAACCUACAAGACCGAUCUCCACACCCACCUCACCCCGACAAACCACAUCAGCGGCCCGCACCACACGCUCUUCAAACACGCCCUCAAUGCCCAGCGCAUGGAGGAAUGCACCGCGCUAGACCCCGCCCUCGUCGAAGCCGACGCCGACAGAUUCGACAGAGCGCCCAGAAACAUCGACCCGGGCAGCAAGGAGGAGACGGACCUCGCCACCCUCCUCGCCCAGCGGAGCGACAACCACCUCCGCGCCGUCAACGCGGCCCUCACCCGCCGCCCAGCCUUCAGCCCCGCCACUGGAACCAUGACCUUCGUGAAGAAGGUGAAAGCCAUCUGGGCGCGUCCGGAUCGGAAGCUCAUGCGGCGCAGCGCGUUGUAUGUUGUCCGUGGGGCGCUGGAUGGGCCGGGGACGGAUGCGCAGAUGCUAUACAAGUGUAUGAAGGGGAUGGGCACGAGGGAUUCGUUGCUGAUCGCGCGGGUUGUGAGGCUGCAUUGGGCCCGGGGGGGUGGGAGGGUGGGCGAGGUCAAGGCGGCGUAUAGGCGGAGGUAUGAGCGGGGGCUCGUGGAGGCAGUGGAGAAGGAGACGAGCGGGGAUUAUGAGAAAGCUCUGGUUGCGUUGUUGGACGGGUAA